UUCCAGUUGAGUGAGGAGGGACUUUCAAGUGUUGGAUCAACUAAACUCCACAUCUGUGGUUCUUCGCACAGACACUCAGACUGGACAGACGAGCUACUAAAGGGACAGACAGAUGGAACCAAGAGGAACACCAGGCCCGGGGCUGACAAGGACCAACACAACCUCUGGCUGUUUAACCUAAUCUGAGCCUCCUGAAGACUUUCUUUUACAGGAUAGAUGACUGACAUCCGACAGAAACCAGAGAGAAUUUUCUCAUAGAUUUGGAAACUAUUAAGUGAGCCAUGGAUUUAUACAGAUGUUUGAGUUUACUUUUCUUCACUCUUUGUCCACAAGUAUUUUCCCAAGUUGGACCUCGUGCCCAUGCUGAAGAGAGACUGCUCCAGGACCUGUUUGCACAUUACAAUAAGCUCUCCCGGCCUGUGGAAAACAGUACAGACACAGUACUUGUUCACUUUGGACUUUCUAUUGCCCAGCUUAUUGAUGUGGAUGAAAAGAACCAGAUGAUGACCACAAACGUCUGGGUCAAGCAAGAAUGGAAUGAUUACAAACUACGCUGGAACCCAGAGGAAUACGAAAAUGUCACCUCCAUCCGUAUUCCCUCAGAAAUCAUCUGGAGACCCGAUAUUGUCCUCUACAACAAUGCUGAUGGUGAUUUUGCGGUAACUCACCUCACAAAGGCACAUCUGUUCUAUGACGGUCAGAUAAAGUGGAUGCCACCGGCUAUUUACAAGUCGUCAUGCAGCAUAGAUGUCACCUUUUUCCCUUUUGACCAGCAAAGCUGCAAGAUGAAGUUUGGCUCGUGGACAUAUGACCGUGCCAAAAUCGAUCUGAUUAGCAUGGCCAGCGAUGUGGAUCAGAUGGACUACUGGGAGAGUGGUGAAUGGGUCAUUGUCAAUGCAGUUGGCAAGUACAAUACCAAAAAGUAUGAGUGCUGCACAGAGAUUUAUGCUGACAUCACUUACUACUUCAUCAUCCGGAGGCUUCCGUUGUUCUACACCAUUAACCUUAUCAUUCCCUGUCUUCUUAUCUCCUGUUUGACUGUUCUGGUGUUUUAUUUGCCAUCACAAUGUGGAGAAAAGAUCACCUUGUGUAUCUCAGUGUUACUCUCCCUCACAGUAUUUCUCCUUCUGAUCACAGAGAUUAUACCAUCCACAUCUCUGGUGAUUCCACUGAUCGGUGAAUAUCUGUUGUUCACUAUGGUUUUUGUCACGCUUUCCAUAAUAAUUACUGUCUUUGUGUUAAAUGUACAUCACCGAUCACCACAAACCCAUGGCAUGCCUCACUGGGUACGCAGAGUAUUCCUAGACUUUGUUCCCAGAGUUCUGUUCAUGAAGCGUCCACCAGGCACAGCCAAGCAGCACUGCAAAAAGCUUAUUGAGAUGAUGCACCGUCCUGCCACCAUAUCUGCAACUGGCAACUCACAGGCCUUUUGGACGAGCAUAGAGACAGGAUUGAGACAGAUGGGCCAGGUAGAGAAUACACUCCCGAAGACUCCAUCUGAGAGUCCAAGCAUCCUUGUUUCCUCACCUUCUCCACCCUCUUCUCCUCCUGGGGACUGCAACAAGGAAGAUCACUCACUGAACAUUUUCUGCCAGUCCAGAUCUGGUCAUUAUUCGGUUCUCUCAGAGAAGCAACCCCUACGUGGACACAAUUCCGCUGCCUCAUCUUCUUCCCAAUUGUCCUUACCUCCAACUUUGCCACUGGGUCCACUUCGCAGUCUAUCCAGGGAAGACUCCAACUCAUUGGCCCCUAAUGGUCGCUCCCUUAGUGUAGAGCAAAUGUUUGACCAACAGAAAGAGCUUCCUCAGAGAGCUGGACAUCGGUGUCGUUCCCGCAGCUUCCAGUACUGCUGUCUGCAUGAUGAAGGGCCUGAGGUCACUGGGAUCGCAGGGUGGAUGAAGAAACAAUCUCCUUCAGAUCAACUAGCUGAAACGCUCAAAGCAACAGAGUCCACAAAAGACGCAAGUACCCAACAGGAUACUAUUGUUCCGACCAUUUCGCCAACUAUGCAACGUGCCAUAGAAGGAGUCCAGUAUAUUGCUGAUCAUCUCAGGGCAGAAGAUGCAGAUUUUUCAGUAAAGGAGGACUGGAAGUAUGUGGCCAUGGUCAUUGACAGGAUUUUCCUCUGGAUGUUUGUAUUGGUGUGUAUACUGGGUUCUGUUGGACUUUUUCUCCCCCCUUGGCUGGCUGGAAUGAUCUAGAAGCUCACCACUGAAGGAAACGGAGUCCAGAAACACUGACAGAAAGAUAGACUCUCUUAUAUUGUAAAAAGAAGAAGAAGAACAAGAAGAAUGGUUUUUCAUUUCUCUUUUUAUUUUCUAUUUUUCAAACUCACAUUCCUUGCUCUUGCCCCAGGUCAAAAGGUUAUUCACAGAGAAACGAGAUUAAAUAUCUAUCAUUGAUUCCAAUGGUAAUAUAAAUACUUUAUGAGGGCAAAAGGCCAACAGCGAAAAUAUCUUUCUGCACCACUUCAUUUUGACAUUGAGCUGUAUAGCUCAAGAUGUCACUUUCAUAAAAAACAGAGAAUAGACUUUGACCCAUUUACAACUGCAGAAAACAUCACAAAAAGACCUUAAGAUAUUUAUAAAGUGAGUGUUAAAGGUUUGCUUUAAAUCUCAAUUUUAUUAUUCCUACUACAGUGUCAUUGUUGUAAUAUCUUGACAAUAGCACAGUUGACAGUUUAGUGUCCUCACCAAGUACUCAUAAAAUAUUCACGUUUCUGUGCAACCUAAUUUGUCAGAAUGCAGUACUCAGAAGGAUUUGUGUUUUCUGUUUCUCAGGUGUUUUUACAGUGGCCACUGCUUGGGCAAUCACACAUACAUCUCUUGGAGUCUGUAAUCAAAGCAUUUAAAUAAACACAUUUAUUCAGAAUGCUUUCAGCCAUCCUCUUUGUUACUAGGGAUUUAAAGUGACUCUCCCCAGUCAUUCAUAGCCUUCCUCUGACCAAUCCCAGCCACCUAAAUAGAGGUGAAUAUUUUUUCUGUUGCAUAAUAAAUUGUCCUUUUUUCUUUCUUUCUUGUCAAGCAUGAUUUUUAAACCCAUAAUAAUAGAUUUUUUGUUUGAUAUUUUUAUGUUAAAGGUGAGUAUCAAUACAAAUAAAAACUGCCACACUUAUUUUCCAGGCAUGUAUUAUUUUGCAUCUUAUAAAGAAAACCAGCUUCUAUAGUGCAUUUUACACUGUCUACAAUACACUUCUGAUAGGAAAGAUGAUGUCUUUAAUAAUAUAAAGCAAAACAGACAGCCAUUCUUGAUGUGCAAAAUGAGUUGAAGGUUUCUGACAGCAGCAGAUAGCAGAAGUAGUGAAAGGCUGUAGUCACUUCUGAACAUUUGUCCUCCUCAGUAAAACAAAAGAGAAACACAUCUAGAGUGAUGCCAGCAAUGAAAAGACAUUUUUUUAGCAUAAGACCAAGGAUCAAAGUAUCACAAAUUCUGAUGUAAAGAAAUGGGGUUUAUUUUUAGAAAACGUUAUAAUUUAAUAGCGCGAACAUUUUCUUAAUGAUCUUAAUAUAUUGAUGGCGAAAAAGUUUAAACUAUAAGACAAUUAUUUUUGUACAAAACGGUUAAAUUUAACUGUGCUACAAGUGACAUAAUUUGGCAAAAGAUGACGAGCUGCACAUAGUGUACUAGAUGUGAGGUAUUUGUAAAGUCUUUUUCCUCAAUAAUUUUCAGGAAACCAACUUGUUUUUUGUUAUCCAUACUUUUUACAUUUGAUGAUUUUGCUAUGCAGUAAAAUUAUUUGCUUCAAAUAAUAGUUGCUAUAGGAGCCUUAGGUUGUUGUGUACUCAUGACAAUUUAAACAAGUCAUCUAAUUAUUGUUGUUAUAGAACAAGGAACCAUCAAUAAGUUAUUUGAUGGGGCUGGUAAAUUCAAAUGAUAUCAAAAGUCUGAUGAACCUUUGCUAGUCUGGUAUAAUGUGUUCUGAAUUUCUCCCUCACUUGUUUUAUUGAUAUAUUUAUCUUUAGUGUCAUUCUGUCUCUCUUGUGGUCCUUUUCCUUUUCCUUGCUGCUCUCAUUAGAUCGUCUAAUGAAGCUGACCCUCCCUUUGUCUUUCUCUUGUACUGCCUUGCUGUGAGCCAUUGACUCAACUUUCCCCAACAUCACUGGUAUGUUUCAACCCAUCAAUCUCUGUUUUGACAAAACCACUAGUGGAAUAUAAGUGAGUACAUUUACU